AUGCAUCAGAACAGCAAAUAUACUAACGGGACAGAAUUGAAACCACAAACAGCUGUCAUUCCUACAAGCCCAGUAGAGCAGCUUGAUAUUGUAUUAUCGCUUAUACCCCAUUCGAUACCUUUAUUACCAUCAGAUCCAUUAGUGAGCACUGACCCACUGACUAUUCCAGAUACUGAAAAACAGCCAGUUUUGUCUGUCCAAACGUUGCAUACUACUACAAAGCAUCAAUCUAAAUUCAGUCAACAUCAACCCAUUCUAACCCAACUCUGUACAUCACAAACUCAAUUCAUGGCUAAUGUACAGACAUUUGAAUCCACUUGUUGUGGCAGAGAUAGAGAUUGGUUGGACAUUGACAACAUCCAGUCAUCUCAGCAACAGCAGCUGCCUUCACCCUCUCCGUUAUCAUCUAAACUACAAUCCAUUCUAUACCAUUUAGAAUGCGCGACGCCUAUGGAUCCACAAAAGCAGAUAUUGGACCAGCAUUGCCAAUUGAAAAAGUAUGGCAACGGCCUUGGUUUACAAAGUGCAAAGUCUCUACCUACAGUCGUCACUCCCAUGACUGCAUUGGUGCCCAUUACUCCACUCGAGCAAGUGGCUUCCCAUCUGUCGGAUAACCCCAGCCCUAAAUUGGUUUCAGAUCCAUCCUUGUUAACCGACUUACAGCCCCCACAAAACUCUUUACGUCUUGGCUGUGAUUGCGAAUCUACAAGAGAACUGCAUUGUCGCCAUGCACAACCGCAACCCAAGCAGCAUAAAGAGAAAAUGAAGAGUGUGAGUGAGUCUGGGAAAUCCACACCAGAUUCAGGACUGGAGAAUCCUCAGCGUGCAAAGCGUCGUCGUCGGCUGUCUAACCAUAUCACUUUGGCAAAGACUGCGGUUGGAUUGCGCAUGGCUUAUAUGCGGUGGGAAUCUCCACCAAGAACCGUCAUGAUUGUUACAAAAUUACACGAUCCUGAACUGGUUCAGCUUACUUACAAUGCUGCGCAAUGGCUUAUUGCCACUGGCAUCACAGUAUUUGUUCAGCAAGAGUUGUUUGAUCAAUCAUUAGAGGAAACCAAAUCUAGCGAGCCAACUUUCAAAUACGAUCUAACCAAUCUUCGAUUUUGGACCCAAGAGUUUUGCACAUCUUCGCAAUCCAACUCGAUUGAUUUUAUAGUAACUCUAGGUGGAGAUGGAACAGUAUUGUAUGCAGCAUGGCUAUUUCAACAAAACGUGCCUCCAAUUAUUCCAUUCAAUUUAGGUAGUUUGGGUUUCUUGACUGUGUUUCCUCAUAGCAGCCUCAAAACAGCCAUCCAACGGGUUCUUGAUAAUAAUGAAGCUGGCAUGCGCAUGAACUUUCGAAUGCGGUUUGCAUGCACCAUUAUUCGUAAACCACGUGCAGAUGGCAGUCAGAUGCCUGACAAUGGUUGUGUGUAUCAUAUUCUUAACGAUAUGGUUGUCGAUCGUGGUCCGUCGCCUUACCUUAGCCAGCUAGAGUUGUAUGGCGAUGAAAACCAUUUGACGACUGUUCAGGCGGAUGGAUUAGUGAUUGCUACACCAACUGGAUCAACUGCGUAUUCUCUCUCGGCUGGUGGAUCUGUUGUUCAUCCAGACGUGUCUGCGAUUCUUGUUACACCCAUCUGUCCGCACACGCUUUCGUUUCGACCCAUGAUUUUACCAGACACCAUGGAUGUCAAGAUUGUGGUACCAAAAGAUUCAAGAGCUACGGCAUGGGUUUCAUUCGAUGGUCGACAUCGAGUUCAACUUCAACCUGGCGACUCGAUCCGCGUAUGCGCUAGUCAGUAUGCCGUUCCAACUGUAUGCUGGAGUGAUCAGAGCAUUGACUGGUUUCAUGGUCUUGAAGAAUGUCUGGCAUGGAAUAAGCGGGAUCGACAAAAAAAACUUUCAUUUACAUAAUACGUUUAUUCAUGUACAAUACAAUGUUUAAAACUG